CAUUCCAUUCCCCCCCUCUUUAUUUAUAUGUCUCUCACCAAUAACCUUGCAACCAACACCUCUUUCCCUGCACUUAUUAUAUGCACUAUUUCCUUCUCUCUUUCAUCUCUCUCUCUCUCUCUCUCUCUCUCUCUCUCUCUCUCUCUCCACCCCCCAAUUAUUGGCACCCAACAGCAGUGUAUACAAGCUAGGUUGAACUUUCUGAAAAUUAAUUAAAGCAAUUAAGAAGAUCAGAAAUGGAGAUGGAAUGUUGUGUCCCUCCAGGUUUCAGAUUUCAUCCAACUGAGGAAGAGCUUGUAGGGUACUACCUGAAGAGGAAGAUCAACUCUUUGAAGAUUGAUCUAGAUGUAAUCACUGACAUUGAUCUCUAUAGAAUGGAGCCAUGGGACAUUCAAGACAGGUGCAAGUUGGGAUACGAAGAGCAGAGCGAGUGGUAUUUCUUCAGCCACAAGGAUAGGAAGUAUCCGACGGGGACUCGGACGAACCGAGCCACGGCCGCCGGAUUCUGGAAAGCCACUGGAAGGGAUAAGGCUGUGGUGAACAAGGAGGAGCAGAUCAUAGGGAUGAGGAAGACGCUGGUAUUCUACAAAGGCAGAGCUCCCAAUGGGAGGAAAACUGAUUGGAUCAUGCAUGAAUAUCGCCUUCAAACUUCUGAACAUGGACCACCUCAGGAAGAAGGAUGGGUUGUUUGUCGAGCAUUCAAAAAGCCAAUUCCAAACACAAAGCCAUAUAAUGAUGGUUGGAACUACAAGUAUUCUUAUAGGCCUCCAUCAAUUUCUGACGACAUAUCAUCAACUAAUCCAUUAUUAUUGCAUGGCAUCAACACAUUCAACAAUAAUCAAGCCAUCACAAAUCGUCACCAAUUCCCUAAUUUCCAGCUGCCACCCCAUCACCACCAAGACGGCCUGAUCCUGCCCCCCGCCGCCGCCGGCAAUGGCGACAACCACCUGGUCGAACUUCCCCAGCUCGACAGCCCCACGAUGUCGACAAGUUUUGCGACGAAAGAUGGGACGUUCGUCGCAAAUGAAGAUGGGGAGGUUGAGAAGCAGCUAGAGAAUUACGGCGACGAAUUUCAGAAUUGGAAGAAUAUUGUGGAGGACAGGUUUCUUGAAGUGCCACUUUCGGCGACGACUGACCCACUGCUACCCGCUUCUUCAUUCCCUAACGUAAACAUGCCAUUGAUCAUUAGCGACGAUUCUCAACAUCAUAUAAGCCACCUCCUCCAGUGUUUCCCAGAUUUAUAGCUCCAACGCUCCCAUUGCAUGGACGUGAUGAUAUAUCGUUCCCUCAUAUAUAUAUACAUAUAUAUACUAUAUAUAUAGUGAAAUAUUAUUGUUUGUGAUUAAUAACAGUCCUCUCAACAACUGAUCAAAAGGGCAUGUUUUUUUAAGGCUGCCGGUCUGAACCAAUGAGAUUUAUAGAGGAUAUAAAUUAGCCGGGGCUACAGCAAAUUAAGCCUGCAGGAGCCUUGGCCAUGCAUAUAUCUUCAAUGGUUCGUCCACCAAUUUGACUGUUUAGUUAUGGUAUUUCAAUUCUGCAAUAAUAAUUGUGUUGUUUAAUUCAA